AUGCCCACACUGGGGGAAGUAUAUCAGCAGUCAAUGCUGAAGCACCCAUAUGGCUAUGCGCUAUACGAGCCAGAAUCGUCAAAAGUACUGCAGCCCGGUUUUUGCGGCUAUUUCACAGAGAGAGGGCAAUGGACACCGCUGCUUGGAAUAGACCAGAAGAUAAUAAACCUAGGCGACUCAUCAGCUCUCACUCAAAAUGGCUUAACGCAUUUUGAUCAUUUCCACCCAGCGCCAUCCGACGAACGAUCUUGGGGCCCAAAAUUGAGCGGCCAAGUCAUCCAAAGAAAGAUUGACCUAGAAGCUGGCGCUUCGGCACUCAUCCCAGCCGGAAUUCCUGUGGACAUCGGGGCCUUGUACAGAUACAGCAACAAUGAUGGCUUUGGGGCGAUCCUCAUGACGGAGAGUCCCGUGAUCAAAAACCUGAUCUACGGCUCGACGGCCUUCCGGCUCUGGUGCAAGGAAAACUCGGAGGUCAUCUUGCGAAAAUGGCCGGAUGUCCGAGAGCAUGGUCUUGUCAUUGUCACUUCCACGUAUAGGACCAGAUUGGCAAAGGUGAAUGCCUGGGCACAACAGGGGAAGGAGAUAUCGGUCGGAUUUCGUGGGGGUGUCGUCGGAAUCGGUGAAAUUGCUCCUUCGUCUACAUGGUAUACGUCCCAUGAGGAGGCUGGAUGGGUUUCAAGUGAGGCUACGGAGCCUGGAGAAAGCAAGGUGGUCUUCCUCGGGGGAUUGUAUUUCAAAUAUCGCAGGCUGGCGGCUAUAUUGCCUCAGUCCCAUGCUUUUAGGCCGGGGCCAGUAGAGAAGGCGAAGUUUCGCGAUAUUGAUUCCGAGGGGAAGGAUUUCCGGAUCUUUGACCAUGACUGUUGUGACGAUGGUUUGUAUGAGACUUUGAUGAAUUCAGAAGAGCUCGGUGAAGUGACAGACCUGCCAGAGGAUGAGGACACGAAUAGCGAUGAUGACUUUUGA